CCCCAAAAAUAAUCUCAAAGUAUAUAACAAAGGAACAACAAAUCCAAAUAAAACAGAGACAAAAUCUUUUCUUUUCUUUUUUUUUUUGUGUUCAGUUCAUUAUCUCUUAAUACUAUAAGAAAACGAAACAAACUUGUAAACAGAUCGGAAAAAGGCAACAGCCUCUCUAUAAUGAUGUCAGAAAUCGAAAGAUCCAGUUUUGACGAUGAGAACUCGAUUUCUUCUUCAUACGGAACAACAUCGAUCCUUCUUCACCAGGUGGGUUUUCCCUUUCCAUCGGAGGAAGAAGAGAACAUCAGAGAGAUGAUCGACAGAGAGAGACAACACUCUCCGAGAGAUGAUUACUUAGAGAGACUGAGAAGUGGUGAUUUGGAUUUCAAUGUCAGAAACCAAGCCCUUGAUUCGAUUUUGAAGGCUUGUGAGGAACUUCGACUCGGACCGGUGUGUAUAUGCCUAGCGAUUAACUACUUGGAUCGUUUCUUAUCUGUUCACGACUUGCCUAGUGGGAAAGAUUGGGCUGUGCAGUUGUUAGCUGUGUCUUGUUUAUCCCUGGCUACUAAAGUUGAGGAAACUAAAGUUCCUGAGUUAAAGCAUCUUCAGGUUGGAGAUCCUCGGUUCGUGUUUGAGGCUAAACAUGUUCAAAGAAUGGAGCUUUUGGUGUUGAAUGUAUUGAAAUGGAGGUUACGAGCCGUGACGCCGUGCUCUUACGUGAGAUACUUUCUGAGUAAGAUCAAUGGCUAUGAUGAUCGAGAACUGUCCUGCAGACUGAUCUCCAGAGUGUUACAAGUGAUAGCUAGUACAACCAGAGGUAUUGACUUUUUGGAGUUUAGAGCUUCAGAGAUUGGUGCUGCUGUUGCACUUUCUGUUUCUGGAGAACAACUCCAUACAUUACAGUUUGACAAAUUCUCCUUCUCUUCCUUCUGCCCACACCUUGAUAAGGAGAGAGUGAAGAAGAUUGGUGAAAUGAUAGAGAGAAAUGGGUCAGCUUCGUGUCCGCAGACACCACCCAAUAAUGCAGUCUUACGAUUUAAGACUCUUUCUACUUCUUCUGUUUCCUCCUCUCUCACUUCUCUUUUUUGAAUUUCUCUCUCUCUCUCUCUCCCCUUUUUUAAAAAUGUCGUAAUUGAAAUUUUGAUAAAAUAAACAAACAAGCAAAAAAAUUGCAGAAUUACUUAUAAAUAAACGUGAAAAUGUGUUUUGUCGGAAAAAAAAA